AUGUCUAGAGGCCAAGCUCUCGUCAAUGGACCGCUCUUUGCCGUCCCGAGUGCCAUCUGCUCCAACAUCAGUCGGAAACUCGCUUCCGGCAAUGUAUACGUGGGGACUCAAUUGCCCACCCAGCCUACGUAUCUUCCGCAGGGCCCAGCGGCCGGUAGUGGAAGAUCUAUCGAGAGGGUGGCGCGUGCCACAUUUUUGAACCGGACACCUCACCUGGGACAAAGUUUCGGGCGUACUAUCUUCGGGACGGGCCUCUUUGCUAAGACUGGCAAUGUCCACCACAAGCCCCGCAAGUCGAACAAACCGUUCUUGGCCACACGCCACAUUAGAGACCUCCUUACCGUCUUCCAGGCGUUUGGAACGGUUAAAAGCCCUCCUCGUAACACAGUCACCCUCACAUUUACUGCCCUGGACGACCUCCCUCGUUCGUACGCGACGGAUGCACUGAUUCCAUCGCGAAAUCAAGAGAGUAUUGAAGCUCAACUCGGGGAUGGAGGUCUACAUCGGAUGGUCCUCCAUAUCUUGACGCUGUGUGUGCUGAAGCUCUCCAACACACUAAGCCCCUUCGUCCUCCCGUCAGCGACUCCGAUGCCGCCCCGCAUACUCACAAGCCUAGUCGAAUCUGCGGAUGACAGCAACCAUGACCAUGGCCUAGACAUCGCCGUCGCCGUCGAACGAUACAUGCUGAAGACCGCUUUGGAUGCCCGAGUCGGCGAUCCUAGAACCGUAGAUGAAACCCACCUCUUCGAUGAACCUUUCGUUGCCCUUGCGCCUACUCAGAACACCAGUACUAGUUGUCGUCAUGCUAACUAUGCGUUUCGCACUGCUGGCAAGGAGUCUACUCAGUGGAACGCCGCCACACUCGCCACAUUACCUCUUAUAUCCAUAUCUUUUUCCGGGACCUCGUUCCCUCGUCUACCGGCCCCAUGCUUUUGCUACUACGUCGAUCUCCGUGGUAUCCUGCUCUACUCACGUCGAUCUUGUUGCCUCACCGUCUUGUGGUCGCUGCUCAAUACGCGGCCCUUCGUUUCGAGUAUUUGGCUCUGUCCAUCUGGCCUUGCCGCUAUCCACACUCUCUAUCCUCCCUCUCGUGUCAUAUCGUCUCUGAGCGCGGACGUCAAGCCGCCCCAACCACCGCCGCCGCCGUCGAAAUCGAAGUUGGGGGCGAAGGCGGCGGCCGGGUCGUCUAGAGCGGGUAAAUCAAAAGAAAAACACAAAGAUGUGAAGGAUGGGAGGGAUAAGUUUCCUCCGCCUCCUCCGCCUCCUCCCCCGCCACGUCCCACAAAACAGAAAUCGAGACAAGAACACGAACGGCCGGUGUCGAGUUCGAAUUCGAAAACGCGAGAAGGGCAGGGACGGGAAGAGGAAGACGAUGCGCAUGAGUGGUUCUUGGAGCAUCAUGCGGAUGCGGACGAGCCUCAACCAUCGGUGGGUGGAACCGCUAGACCUACGCUUUCGCCUUCGCCUGUGGAAGUUGGGAUGUCGAUCUGA